CAUUCAACUAAUCCUGAGAGAGACAAUUCAAAAAGCUUAGCUUGCUUCAUAGAUUCUUUAUCAUCAUCAUCGUCAUGAAGCCUUCUAAUUGUUUCUCUUUAAUCCCCAUCUUCUUUUUCAUCGCUCUUGUAACCUCACAAACUCAAGAUUCCUGCUCCUCCAACCUCAUCCUGAACGAUCAAGUCCCCUUUGACACAACCACUCUCCAUUGCGCUCCAGUUUGGUCUACCCACAACUUCAUUCUCAGAUAUGCGCAGACAUCUCCGAAUUUAUGGAGCUUCGUUCUGUCAGCCCCUGAUUCAAAUUCGUAUAUAGCAAUAGGAUUUUCACACAACGGUCUGAUGGUGGGGUCGAGUGCGAUCGUGGGGUGGGUGUCAACCACCGACGGGACGAUAAAACAGUACCUACUGAGUGGACAAAGUUCAGGCCAAGUGUUUCCUGACGAGGGAAAUCUACGAGUCAACACAUCAAUGAUAAUUUCUCAACCUCAAUCCCAACAGUUGUACUUAAUUUUUCAGCUCAACACCGAGCAGCCACUGUCACAGGUGAUAUACGCCGUCGGCCCGUCGUCCGUCUUCCCGACUUCACCUAAUUUCGCUUUGACGGAGCACACUGACUAUGUGUCCACUGCCUUGAAUUAUGCUACAGGUCAAACCAAAUCCGAGAGCCCGCACGCAGGGUUGAGACGGAGCCAUGGGAUAUUAAACAUUUUAGGUUGGGGAAUUCUAUUGAUAAUUGGAGCCAUGGUUGCUCGCUACUCUAAGCAAUGGGAUCCACAUUGGUUCUACGCCCAUGCUUUGAUUCAGUCUCUCGGAUUUAUACUUGGAUUAGUGGGUAUUGUUCUUGGAAUUAUCUUAAAUAGUGAGCUUGAAGUCGAUGUCUCUACCCACAAAGCUCUUGGCCUCAUCAUCCUCGUCCUCGGCAGCCUCCAGGUGAUGGCAUUUUUGGCGCGACCAGGCAAGAUGUCGAAAGUGAGAAAAUACUGGAAUUGGUACCAUCACAAUGUGGGGAGGGUUACAAUAAUAUUGGCAAUAGUAAACAUAUUCUAUGGGAUUCAUUUGGGUGAAAAAGGGAAUUCAUGGAAUGCUGGUUAUGGGGUGAUUCUCUCUAUCUUACUUUUGAUUGCUGCUGUCUUAGAGGUGGGGAUGUGGAACAAAGAUUAGGUUAAAUCUAUAUUUUAUCAUGUAACUUUAUACUUGUUUCAUUAGAUAGAUUGAUUAUAUUAUAUUUGCAGCUGCUCGGAUAGAACAUUUAAGCAUAUUCUUUACUUUCUCUUCCUCAUAAUUGAGCUGCCUAGUGAAUUUAAUUGAA